ACACACAAACACACGUGGGAGUUAGACACAGCAGAUCUGCAGCAGUAUUUCAGAACUCGUGCUGACUAAAGUCUGCUCUUCUUCACAAUGGCAGUUUUUUUACUUCUCCUCACCCUCUUUGGUCUCGCUGGCACACAGCAUCAAGCCCUAAUGGAGUAUCUGGAGCGCAGGCUUCUGGCCAUCGAGGAUCGCAUCUCCAUAUGGCAUGAGCAGACCAGUCGCUAUGCUACAGAGCUGCGUGACUUCAAGCAGCAGAUGGUGGCAUUAAUGGAGAAUCUCGAUAAAGAAAAAGAGGCCCUGCGUGCUGACCUUGAUGGAAUCAACACCCGAGUGGAGCGUGUUGAGAGGGAGAUGGAUUACUUGGACACCCAGAAUGGAGCCCAGCCCUGUGUUGAUGUAGACGAUAAGUUAGUGGAGCAGGAUGUCACCUUGGUGAAGGAGAAGAACCGGGACAAGUAUGACAAACUCACAGAGUGCAGGGAAAUGAUCUCUAGUGUCAAAGCUAUGAAGAUCCUGAAAAGAGUGGGCGGACCCAAAGGAAUUUGGACAAAGGACAUUGUCAGUCGGUCAGAUAAGAUUUACAUAUUUAAUGGAACUAGUGAAGACAGCUUGUACGAGUUCAACUCUGCUCGGGACUUUGCUACCUCUCCUGGCAUUUCCCGUGCCAAGGAGAUUAAGCUGCCAUCUACCUGGGAUGGGACGGGUCAUGCCGUCUAUAAGGGACAUGUCUAUUAUGUUAAAAAGGACAAAGAGUUUCAAGUGGUAAAGUACAACCUGAAGAAUGUAUCUGUGGUUGACACUGCAGUGUUUCCAGCUGAAGACCAGAUACCUGUGUAUGGCCUCAACCCUGAGACCUACAUCGACCUAGCUGUUGACGAGGAGGGUCUGUGGGCCAUCUAUGCAACAAGAGAAAAUGAGAGGAAUAUCUGCCUGGCUAAGAUGGACCCCAACACAUUGGACAUGGAGCAGAUGUGGGACACUCCUUGUCCUCGGGAGAAUGCAGAAGUUGCCUUUGUCAUCUGUGGUACAGUAUAUGUGGUGUACAACACCAAGCUCCCAAGCCGGUCCCGUGUGCAGUGUGUGUUUGAUGUGAGCGACAUGGUGACCAAUGAUGACGCCCCACUGGUGUACUUCCCCAAGCGCUAUGGCUCCCACUCCAGCAUGAAGUAUAAUCCAGGGGACCAGCUCAUCUAUGCCUGGGAUGAUGGCUACCAGAUCCUCUACAAGCUGGUCAUGAAAAAGAAGCUGGAAGUGUGAGGACCCACAGCAAGCAAAGCCUGUGUCAAUAGCAGAACAAGAAACUGUCCCUAAAAAUGAACAUUUAAAUGUCCUCCUGGAAGGUUUUUACUUGUAUUAAUUCUUUUUAUCUGAUAUUAUAAAACUGUGUAAAAAGCACCAACAUUCUCAAAUAUUUGCAGAAUAUAUAUUUUUGC